UACGAGCCCUCUCCUGAACCAGUCAACCACUUCCUUCUUCUUCUUCUUCGUCAUUUGAUAAGCAAGCGCAAAAUCAGAGCAAUCCGACUGAAGAAAAUGGUAGCAAAGAUGGAAGACGAGGUUCUACAUACGAUCGUUAAGCCUCGCACCGAUACCAGGCAGUACAAACGGAUCGUUCUAUCCAACUCUCUAGAAGUUCUUCUCAUCAGUGAUCCUGAAACCGAUAAGUGUGCUGCUUCCAUGGGCGUUGGCGUCGGUUCGUUCUGCGAUCCUGACGGUUUAGAAGGCCUUGCUCAUUUUCUCGAACAUAUGUUGUUCUACGCUAGCGAAAAGUAUCCUGUGGAGGAUAGUUACUCAACCUACAUUACUGAGCAUGGAGGUAGUACAAAUGCUUUUACCGCUUCAGAGCAAACCAACUAUCAUUUUGAUGUUAUCGCUGACUGUUUUGAAGAGGCAUUGGACAGAUUUGCGCAGUUCUUUAUCAAACCAUUGAUGUCUGCUGAUGCUACUACGAGGGAAAUUAAAGCUGUUGAUUCUGAAAAUCAAAAGAAUCUACUUUCUGAUGGUUGGAGAAUGAAUCAGCUUCAGAAACAUCUCAGUUCAGAAAGUCAUCCAUACCACAAGUUCAGCACAGGAAAUUGGGAAACUUUGGAGGUUAAGCCAAAAGAAAGAGGUGUGGAUACAAGGCAAGAGCUUCUCAAAUUCUAUGAGGAGAAUUAUUCAGCUAAUCUUAUGUAUCUUGUUGUAUAUGGAAAAGAUGACCUUGAUAAGUUAUGCUCUCUAGUGGAGAGCAAAUUCCAGCAAAUUCAGAAUAUUAAUAGAAGUAAACCCACUUUUACUGGUCAGCCUUGCACUUCUGAUCAUCUUCAGGUUCUUGUGAAAACCGUCCCUAUCAAACAAAGUCACAAAUUGAAAAUUGUAUGGCCAAUAACUCCUGGUAUUCAACAUUACAAGGAAGGGCCAAGCAGGUAUCUUAGUCACUUGAUUGGCCAUGAAGGAGAAGGAUCUGUUUUCUUUGUCUUGAAAAGUUUGGGUUGGGCUUCAAGUUUGUCUGCGGGUGAAUCUGACUGUACUUUUGAGUACUCUUUCUUCAAAGUGACUAUUGGAUUGACUGAUGCAGGCCACGAACAUGUCAACGAAAUUAUAGCGUUGGUGUUCAAAUACAUUCAACUCUUGCAACAGUCUGGUCCCUGCAAAUGGAUAUAUGAUGAGCUUUCAGCUAUCUCCGAGACAGCCUUCCAUUACCAGGACAAAAUCCAGCCAAUUCACUAUGUGGUCAAUAUCGCAAUGAACAUGCAGCUGUAUCCUCCAAACGAUUGGUUAGUUGGAUCAUCCUUGCCCUCGAUUUUUUGUCCAGAUUUUAUUAAGUCAACAUUGAAUGAGCUUACUCCAAACAAUGUGAGAAUCUUCUGGGAGUCGACAAACUUUGAUGGAAAAACCGAUACAACCGAGCCAUGGUAUGGAACUGCAUAUUCUGUUGAGAAAAUAACUGGUGAUAUGAUUAAGCAAUGGACGGAAUCAGCUCCAAUGGGACAGUUACUUCUACCAAACCCCAACAUAUUCAUUCCUACUGACCUCUCUCUUAUAAAUGUUGCAGAGAAACCACAGGUCCCUUUGCUUUUGAGGAAAUCAUCCUAUUCAAGGUUGUGGUACAAGCCCGAUACAUUAUUUUCAACUCCAAAGGCGUAUGUGAAAAUAGAUUUUAACUGUCCCCAUGCCGGCAACUCACCUGAAGCAAUUGUUCUAACAGACAUUUUCACCCGUUUAUUGAUGGAUUACUUGAAUGAUUAUGCUUACGAUGCUCAGGUUGCUGGUCUCCAUUAUGGAAUUAAUCACACAGACAACGGUUUUCAGGUGACUGUAGUCGGAUAUAAUCACAAACUAAGGAUCUUACUGGAAACAGUGAUUGAGAAGAUUGCUAAAUUUGAAGUGAAGCUAGAUAGAUUUGCUGUAAUAAAGGAAAUUGUAACAAAAGAGUACCAAAAUUUCAAGUUUCAACAACCAUAUCAGCAGGCAAUGUAUUACUGCUCGUUAAUAUUACAGGAUCAAUCUAUUCCAUGGACCGAACAACUUGAAGUUCUUCCUUCUGUUGAUGCUGAUAAGCUUACAAAAUUCACUCCUCUUAUGCUAUCAAGCACAUUCUUAGAGUGUUAUGUUGCAGGAAACAUCCAACCGAACGAAGCGGAGUCGAUUAGUCAGCAUUUAGAAGAUGUUUUCUUUAAGGGCUCUUCGCCUAUAUCUAAUGCUUUAUAUCCAUCACAGCAUCUAACAAAUAGGGUUGUUAAACUUGAGAAAUCAAAAAAUUAUUUGUAUCCUGCAAAAGGCUUGAAUCCAAGUGAUGAGAACUCUUCACUUAUUCAUUACAUACAGGUUCAUCAAGAUGAAUUUUUGAUGAAUGUAAAGCUCCAGCUUUUCGCUUUGGUUGCAAAACAACCAGCUUUUCAUCAACUUAGAUCAGUUGAGCAACUUGGAUACAUCACUGUUCUUAUGCAAAGAAAUGAUACUGGUGUUCGUGGACUACAAUUUAUCAUUCAAUCCACUGUUAAGGGACCUAGACAUAUUCAAUCAAGAGUAGAGUCGUUUCUUAAAAUGUUGGAGGCCAAGCUCUAUUCAAUGUCUCCCGAGGAAUUCCAGAAUAAUGUGAAUGCACUGAUAGACUUGAAGCUUGAAAAACACAAGAACCUAAGUGAAGAAUCUAGGUUUUACUGGAGAGAAGUUACAGACGGAACCCUCAAAUUUGAUCGCAGGGACCGUGAGGUAGCGGCUUUGAGGCAGUUAACCUUAAAGGACUUGAUAGAUUUCUUUGACACUUACGUAAAAAUGGAUGCACCUUACAAAAAGACAUUAAGCAUCCAGGUUUACGGUAGCUCACACUCAUCUGAGUUUGAGACCGACAAGAAUGAACAAACAGCACCUGCUAUUGUUCCGAUUGAUGAUAUUUUCUUGUUCAGGAGAUCACAACCUCUAUAUGGAUCUUUCAAAGGUGGCUUUGGGCAUAUGAAGCUGUGACUGUAAAAUGGUUAUACUCUGGUGAUUGUGAAAGCUGUUGUUCUAUUUGAGGACCAUUUAUUUGGUGGAAAAAUCACAAAAUUAUUUUAGACAUGUUUUGUAUAAAGACCUAGAUGUUUCUGUUUUGAUCUCAUUGUCUUGUGUUGUUUAAAAAUGAUUUUAAAGAGUAUCUUUUUUGGUCAUGCAAAUUUAUAUUUUCAA